AUGUCUCCAGAAACACACUCUCGUGCCAGGGCACACUCCCUCUCCCAAGAGACUCAUCAGCCUCAUGACGAUGUAUCAUCUUUAGAGUCGGAGACAGACUCGAAUAAUUCCGAGUUUGAAGAAAACAGCUCCGAGUCCGACGAAGAUGAAUCGUCCACCAUUCGAUCUCCCACCAAACUCACAUAUCUCAUCGACCAUCUCCCCGAAACCACCCAGUCCAUCAUCCGCGACACUUUCAGAGAACCGCCAAAGAUCGCACUGGAAAAAUGUCGUCGCAUUGAGAACACUUAUGCAUUCCAGAUGACAGAGCUUGUCACACGCUCAGUCCGGAUCCGAGCCCCAGAAGACGGCACUUCCAAACUGAGUUGCUCAUGUCGAAAUGACGACGGAGAACCUUGCAGGCACCUUCUAUGGCUCUUGGAUCAGAUCGUUAAUCAGAGUUUGUAUGAUGAAGAUAUAAGCAAACCUCUCAGAAUGAGUGCGGCGGGAUAUGCAGAGGAGAUUGGGGAUCCAUUCCAGAAUAUCUCCAAGUAUCAUCUCGACGUGCUUGCAGAAGGGCUACACUCCCAUCUCGUCACCCCAGACUCCGAGUACGACAACGAACCAGACGCUUUUCGUGCACAAGAAGCUCGAGAAAUGCUAUCCUCAGUCUAUGAUACGGAACCAAAAGAGUUCCGUCCCGACAUGUUCGACCAUGUAUCUUUGGGAAAGAGCAUCAUAAAGCGUCAUGACCUUGAGCAAACCGUCUUCCGCAUGCUUCUCGACAAUCACCAUUUCUUUCACUACUUUCGAUCCCUUUCAAACUCACAAGACUUGAUCAAAGACACAUUUCAUAAGCUCACACAGCGCAUCGAUCGCGUUCUGCGAGAUCUCGACUCCAAAGCACCUCCCACAGACGCUGAAUCACCUCGCGAUGUACCUUGGGCAGCGUCUCACGUCCUCGGCUGUAUUCGUCGCAUGCGUCACGAGAUAUACACUCGAGAUCGACCUCUUACUGCACGCGAGGCCUUGUCUGCAGCUCGCAGCCUUAUUCAUAUACUAGAUUCGGUGAUAUCGCAUAACAGAGACCAAGGCCCAACAAGUGUGCCCCGUAUCGAGCGCAACCUGUACCUGCGCCUCAUUGGCGAUCGCGACCAAGACUUUGUUCUUAACGUACUGAAUUUAAUCCCAGAGGCCGCAAGCCAGUUUCUCCAUAACCUUGAAGCACUUCUUGACAAGAUUGAAACGUAUGGUGCACCUGCGGGCUAUGUGCAGCGGUUCAGGGCAAUGCUCAAGAGACUAAGAGCGUCGAGCACAGGUUCUGGCUUGAAGAGAUCUGUUCCGGCGCAGAUGGGUGGCAGGAAGACAAGAAGGACCAGAUGA